AGAUAUCAAGAUCGAAGUUUACCACUUGGUGAGAGGUUGCUCGCCUAUGCAUUCAUUGAGUCUAUAGUAUUUUUCCCAUUCUUCGCAUGGAUAACCCAAUAUCGAUAUAUGGGAUACAUUUCUGCAACUGUCGAGGGUAAUAAUUGGGUUCAAGUAGAAGAAGGAAUGCAUGUUAGCGAGCAAUUCUAUGUUUAUAAGAUCAUCGGAGGAGUUAGUAAACCACAAGCCGAAGAAAUAUGCUCCGAACUUGUUGAUUGUGUUAAAAAUAUGUGGGAAACAAGAAUUCUUGCCAAUAGUAAAAAUAAAGUUAAUAGGUUUACAUUGGUAAAAGUUCAAAAGUAUAUCGAUCAUCUUCAAGAAACCAUGUUAAAUGCGACCGGGUUUUGUGAUAAUAUAGAAACAAAGAACCCAUUUACACACAUGGAACUAUGGAAUGAUUUCUUUAGAAUAUUUAAAAUUUUCUCUGAUCAGAAACAAUAUUCUGAUGAGAAAGUAUUAAUGUUAAAAGGAAUAAUACAUAUUCUCUUUGGAUCAUUGAGAGAGAGAACGACAAAUAUCAUAACACGUUUAUUGGUAAUCAAAGAAGAUAUAACCACGAAGGACUCACUUUAUGAUUAUUUAGAGUUUAUAAAUUAUAUUGAUCUCAUAGAUAUAUAUGAUACAUUCUCUAUAUUCUUAAAAUCCAGCGAUUUACAUACUGUUUCAAAUGAGCUUUUUGUUAAGAUUGUAUACAAAUCAAAGAAUCUAAAGGAUGUUACUUUAACCGUAUUAGGGUUGAAGAAAGUAUCUUAUGAAGCAGUAAUUGAAACUCUCAAGAGAAAACCAUUGAAACUAAUUCACAUUCUACCAAUACUAUUUGAUGAUAACAUAAUUGAAUCAUACACCACUUCAGAAAUAAUGAUCAGAGAAUUAAUCAGUGAAUAUAACAUAGAUAUGUUAUAG